GCAUCCAUUAGCCUUAAGCCAGUCCAGUUAACUUACAAUAGCGUCUACUUCAUCUACUUGUGGAUUUGUAAGGAAAGGAGAGUGACUUCCAUUUCUUGUGGAGUUUUUACUGGAGCUUAUAUUGAUCUUGAACCAUCCAUUAAGGGGAAUGGCUCGUGUUCGUUGGUCUUGAAGUGGUAUAUAUUGCAAUGCUUGGAUGGAUGAUCUUUUGGCCCCUCCCACCCCUUCCUGUUCUAUUGUGUGCUCGUCAAGUAUGGAUUCUGAAGGAAAUCAAUAAUUCUUAGCACAAUUAUUUGUGAGGAAUGGUAGUCAAAAUGAACUUCCAAGAUUUGCACAAGGACAGCACUAGGCCAGGUGAGAGGAGUUAUAGUGACGUGGUGAACGGGGUAGAGCUUGAUAAGUGUCAGAGGAGUUUAAGCACAACCCCUAAGGAAUGCAUUCCACCUCGUCGUCCCCAACGUAAGAAGAGCCCCAGCCCCUUUCCUUCCAGUUCAGCCUACCCCAGCCUACGCAGGCUGGCCCUCAAGAACAGGACUAAUGCGUCCCAGAUCCCUGAUAUGAUAUCAUCUCAAGACAAAGGAGAGAUGUCAUUCUAUCCAAUUGAAUCUCCUGUCUAUGGAGGGGGACAGAUCAAGAUCAGUUUUGGACCAGGUGCCCAUCCCCCCACCGAGGAUGCUGAGGUAUUCCUUGUCUUUGAAGGUCUAAGCAGACGUCAUGUGACCUCUGCCAAGCGUAGCGCCUUCAAGUCUUACACAGGCAUCAUACCAGGUCACGACACGUUUGAGCCGGUAUCAUUGACAGUGUGUUCUUUACAAAGUGGAGGUUCUACUACUGAGUUGAGAGCCCUUUUCAAUGGAAGCUUCGUCUUUGUGCCUGAUUCUACAUUCUAUCUUACCCAGUUCCUGAUCAGUAGUGUUUGGGACCCCGACUCAUUGGACAAUCCAGCCAGGAUUAAAGGGGAGAACUUCAAUCUGUGUGAGGAAGACUUCCCUAAUCUGGAUGCAAGACUUACUUGUGCAUUCAAGCAUAUAGAACGGCCGCCAUCUUGGAAGAUUGUGACCGAUUCACCCCGGAUCGAUCAGAAUCCACCACCGAGGGAGACAUUACUCCAUUUUGCGGCUCGCUUUGGUCUGAGGGACUUUGCUGAGCAUCUUCUUGACCAUCCAGCCUCGGACGUAGCGCUCAAACUACCCAAUAAAGACGGGGAUCUGGCCGUUGAACUCGCCAGGACAUCUGGACUGGAUAGCCUGGCUGAUCGCAUGCUUGAGCUUUCAGCGAAUGUAGGAAGACAAUCAUUGAAUGAGGAUUGCAGUCAGAGAAGUCGCCGAUUAGAGCAUGUAGAAGGCAAGGCCUGUAAGAUCAAACGACACUAUACACUCAGCACUGCUACCAUUACAACCAAGCUUGAUGAGAGCAACAACGACAUAGAGGACGACAUCCAGAUGUUACGUGACGUGGUGAGUUACAUGGAGGCAGACGAAGACGACAGUCCCAGGAUGGUUUCUCCCAGGAAGCUUGGAAAACACACAAAGUUUGGUCAAGUCUCACCAGCAGAUCAAGGAUUAAGUGAGAGCAGUUGCUCAGAAGAUGAAGAAGACGAGGACGAAGAAGACUACGGCCGACAUCGAGAAUACAGAGGAACGCUAGAACCUGUCUUAGAGGACAGCAUACAACAACUCCAAUCUAUUAACCAUCAUGUUCAACAUCUCAGGAAAGAAAACAGAGUAAGACUAGCAGAGGGUGCACGCAGAGAAUCACUCUCAAGAUUCAGUACAUCCUGCCCUCUCCUCACCGAGGACAAGCCUGAGGUCGAAGGUUGGAAGCAAAAGAUGCCAUCUCAUCCUGGUGCAGUGAACCACAGCGAUGAAGAGGACGACGACGAUGACCUUGAUGACCUCGGGCGUGGCAGUAGCAUCACCUCCCCACUCAGCCCCAAGACCCCACCCAUCCAGAUCCAGGUCAACGACAUCAGCCUUGAUACCGGUGGAGGUGGUGGGGAGGGUAACGUAGUGGGCGGGGCAGUUAUCAUACCAACCCUACCCAGCCAUCAUGUGGUGAUACCCCUUGCUCCUAUCGCUACCACACCGGAGGAUAGCUCCCCUGAGGACGAGGAUGGGGACUGCAUCUCCAUCCUAGGUGAUGCGGUGGAUAAAGAGAAGACCAGGAGGUACAGCUGGGGACCGGAACCAGACGACUCCCUCAGGGCAGAGGUAGAUGAUGGAGGAUCUCUCUCUGCGGCUUCUAGGAGUAAGAGCAUGCUGAAUUUAGAUGCCACUGGUAAGGAGAGCAACUCAAGCAAUAGUGAUCGCAGGAGGACUAACCAGGGUAGACGAGACUCUGUUACAGCAAUGCAGAAACAAAAUGAAGAGUAUGGGUUAGACGGAGAGGAGAGUGCCUUGCGAGAGGACAACGCCGGCUCUGCCAGUUCUUCCUCCUCCAAGAACACACAUAUUACUCCCGUCCUCAGAAGACAGAAGAGGAACAACCUCUCCACAGAACAAAGACAGCAUCGGAGCGCUUCUAUGUACGACACCAGACUUUCUGAACUCCUCGAAAUGGAAUUAUGGGGUUUAGAAGAAGAGGAUGAAAAAGAUGGUGGAGGCAAAGAAGAAGAAGAAGAAGAAGAGGAGGAGGAGGAUGAGGAGGAUGAUGGGCACAAAGGAAAAGCCAGAGCUUCUUCUCAUGAGCCACGCCUAGUAGGACUAAAACCUCAAGUAGACCCCGUUAGACCACGAGUAGAUCCGCUUAGACAGAUCGAUUUCUUCAGAAUCUUUGAUUUUGAAGAAGAAGAUGAUGAAGAUUUCAGCUCAGAAAACGAUGAAUCCGGAGGCUCAGGCUCUCUAAGUGCAGAACAUAGACGCCAGGCGAGACUCUCGCUCACCGAGUUUCUUGCUGAUCCACGCAACUUUGAUGGUACUUCUGAAAAUCAGCAAUCAACAGAAAUGGAAAGGGGCAACUCUGUUCUGAGGAAAUUUAGCUUUCUGAAAGUUGGAGGACAGCGAAGAGAAAAGAAGAAGGAGAAAGAGAAGGAUAAGGAAAAGGAGAAGGAUGAAAAGAAAGAGAAGGAAAAGGAGAAGGAACGAGUAAAGGAUAGUUCCAAACAGCAUAAUUUUGUCAAUUCAUCAUUUUCUAACUCAACGAAAUGUAACUACUGUGAGAAGCCCCUGCAGAACAAGCAAGCCCUCCAGUGUCAAAUAUGUUAUGCCAAUGUCCACAACAGCUCAUGUAAAGAUAAUGUUGCUCCAUGUACGAGACUCACAAAACAUCCCAAGUCGCUAUCUCGAGGGACGGGAAACGUCAUGAGGGACAAACUCACUAAAACCAGCGGUGGAUUGGGAUAUUCCCAAUCCAUGCGUGAGAAGACUCGACCAAACUCAAUCCUAAAUUCAACGAAACCAUUCCAACCGAUGUCAUUCCAGCCUCCGGGUAGCUCAUCUGAUGUCAGAUCACCUGGUGGAAAUGCUGGUAUUGAGCUGGGCAAGUGGCAUUGGAACAGAGUCGCCAUUAAAUUGGGGGUCAAGACUAUUGAAGAGAAUGAGGAGAAUGAUGGCGGACCAGGAAGCCCUCCAAAGACUGGACUUGGAAACAACAACAUCAGUUAUUCGGUGGAGUCGUUGGUGGACGAGGUUUGUACGUCCACGGAGACAUGGGAGUUCAUGGAUGAUGAAGACUUGGUCACUCAGGGACCGGAACCAGAAUCAUGGAGUGUCAUGGCAGAGAAGAAGACGAUGAGGAAGAUGAGUAGCAAGGAAAUUAAACGCCAAGAUGUCAUCUUUGAAUUCAUCAAGACGGAAAAACAUCAUCUAAGAACACUGAAGAUCAUGCAGAAGAUCUUCAGCUAUGGGAUGCAGAACGAGCUCCACAUGGAUCAUGGCCUCAUCAAGAAGGUCUUCCCCAUGCUAGACGAGAUCGUCGACAUCGCUUCCAAGUUCUACGACAAGCUACAGAAGAGACAGAAGGAGGCUGAGGUCAUUGAGAGGAUAGGUGAUAUCCUCGUUGAUCAGUUUGAUGGUGAGAAUGGUGACAGGAUGAUGAUGGCUUAUGGAUGUCUGUGUAGUCAACAGAAUGAAGCUAAAGCAGUCUACAAAGAUCUCACCAAGACAGACAAGAGGUUUCAAGCAUUCAUCAAGAAAUGCAGCACCAAUGCACUAUGCAGAAGAUGGACGAUACCUGAAUGUAUCUUGAGUGUGAGCUCCAGACUUACCAAGUAUCAGCUUCUUAUAGAAGCCAUCAUGAAACCAACCAAAGCAAUCAAAGCCACAGACAAAAUAGACACACAGGACCUUACGAGAGCACUGGAACUAGUCAAGACAAUAUGUCAUGAUGUGAACAUGCAAGUACAAGAGAGAGAACGAUGGCAACGGCUGAUGGCGAUCUAUAACAAGACAGAAGCUCGGUCCACAGGCACACUCAAAAGUGGAAAGAAAUUCAAGAAAUCUGACUUGCUAUCGAAUCGCAAGCUAAGACACGAGGGUGAGCUUUUCUGGAAGAAUGCUAGAGCCAAACUGACAGAGGUCCAUGGGGUGCUUCUUACAGACGUUCUUCUGCUACUCACUGAGAAUAAUGGCAAAUAUACCUUUGCAUCACAGGAUAACAAGCCUCCUGUUAUCCCUCUGUUCAAGCUGAUGGUCCGAGAUGUAGCCAUCGAUCCGAAGAGCGUUUACCUGAUCAGUCAGAACAAGGCUGGUCCUGAGAUGUACGAGGUCAUGUGUACGUCUGAACACACCCGACGGGAAUGGAAGAAGAGAUUAUUAGAAGCCAUCGAACAAUGUCCUCCUGAUGUUCCACUGGACACGGGAAUAGAUAAUAACAACGAGGAGGAAGAGAGAAAGAAAGCUGAGGAGAGAGCACUCAGGAUCAAGAACCUUCUAGAAAUGAUGCAUGCUAAGGACCGAGAGCUGAAUGGCAUCAUCUCAGACAAAAUGAGAUUGGUGGGAGAGCUCAAGGAUCUCAUCGUCAAAGAAGACUCCCUAGGAACGCUUAAGAUGCCAAUCAUCUCUCAACACGAGAUUCAGAUGGAACAGACGAGAGAUAUUAUCCUUGCUGCAAUGAAGGAAGCUGACCUACUGACCCGGUCAGUCUACAGUGGUGGUAAUGUCCGAGUGAGUCGGAGUGCGAGUAGCGUAGGUGAGAUGGUGAGCAGUACUAAUGCUCCCUCAUCACUCCCUAGGAGAGCAGAGACAUUCAGCGGCUUUGACAGUGCACAGAAUGGCAACUCGAGCAAGAAACGUCUAGCUGUGAUCCCAUCUGAAGCCACUACGCGGAGCAGUAGCUUCCCUAACCUGACUGGGACCGCCUCGGAGCAGCUGGCUAAAUUCAGCUCGCCGUCAGAGGCCGAGGAGACAGAGCAGGAAGAUGAGAAGGAGGAGAGUUCUGUUUAUCAGUACCCAGCUGACAUUGUAUCACCCCUUCCCAGUCCGUCUCAUAGACCUAUGAGGGAUGUCUCUCUGCCGGUAGCAAGGAAUAGAGGCAAUGAUAUCAAUAGGAGGAGAGCGUUCACACUCACAGGUGGAGUGGAGCUGCCCUCAGCCAUUCUAGAAAAGGAGAAGGCCAAUUUACCGGAGGGUCCAAUACCAGCAGAAGUUAUUGAGAAAAUCUCUGAGGACCCUUCUGCCUUAGAGCAUGUGGAUGCUGCCACUCAGAUCCAUGAGCAUCUCAACUCUCUACUGAAAAUCACAGUCAAUCAGGACACUGCCUUCCAAACCUUGAAGACUCAACUACUUGAAGCUCAGCAUAAGAUUGAGGCAUUCAGCAACACCUCCCCUACCACUACAACCAGCCCCUCUCCCAAGGAGAAAAGGCGUGACAGUCCACCCCAAAUCAAAUUGGAACCUGCAGGACAGGAUUCAAGGGGGUCAAUCAACCGAGGAGGGGUCAAUAUCACCAAUGAUAGAGUUACAGAGGUAGCCGCUACAGAGAAGGCAAAGGCAAACGGUGAAAAGCCAGGAAGAUCUUCACCGUCGCAAUCAUCAGUGAGGACAAACAAUGCUCAGAUGAGACAUUCCGAGAGCAGUCCAAAGGUCAAUGAUCAUAACUUAACAAGGAUAGCAUACGGGGACAUGAUACCUUCAAACAACCUCUUAUACAUUUCACCAGAAUUAGAGAAAAGCAGAGACAUUGGUAGGAAGAACUCCGCCCCAUCACCACUCCUCCAAGAGAAGAUGAAUGCUUAUAACUCCUCGCCCAAGUCUAGCCCCAGGAGGACUGAAGAGGGCGAUAGAACACUGACGCAUUCAUCGUCGGUUAUUCGUAGGAAUGUGCCGCAGCACCUGCUAAGUACCACCAAUCAGAUCAGCUCAGCAGGUCAGGUCAGGCAGAAACUGCCCUUAAAACUCUCCAACAGCCUGGCUACUACCAAUAGCGCCGCUGUGCAUCAAAUGCUGCCAAAGAAACUAGAGUCCCUCGCGGCAACGUCCUCCAAACCGAACAAAAAUACCAACGCACAACCGCAACCGACGUCAGAUUCAGACGUGAUCUUCUUUUGAUGUCGAUGGAAUGGAUAAUGUAUGCAUUCAUAAUCCAAAGUAUUGGUCAGUGGAAACUUGUGAAAGUCUUGCUGAGAUAAAACUGAGAGGAUUAAACUGUUUUGUAAGUUAUUCUGGACUCUCUUGGACCUCAUUUUUGGAAGUACUUCAAACUUUAUUUACUGCAGAGCAGUAAACAGUUUAUACAUAGAAAUCAGUUGCAAGCAACAGCGUUGAUUACUACAAUGUCAUCAUGUUUUAUUAGAGGCAUACAAAUUUGAGCUACAUGAAUGUCAAGUGCACAGGAGUAUACUAUGGAGGGUUUCUUUUCUAUUUUUGGAAUGCAAUCAUUCCCUUAUCCUGUCAUCUCUACCAAUUUGGAUGUUGAUAAUUUUGUGUCGCACAUGAAAUACAAAUACAAUCUUUAAAUUAAGCCUCAUUUUUUUCAUUUUCCUAUCCUGGGUUAUUCCAUUUCAUACUGAUAUUCCUAAUUGAUGUCACAAAUACACUCAGUUAUGCUUUUUUCCAUCACCUAAGCUAUACUCUUCAAUAUUUCAUCCUGUUAAAUAUAAUCUAAUGGUAGUUGUGUUUUCUUAUACAAACGAAAUAGUUAAAAGUUAAAUUCAAAAGAGGUUUUGGUAAAGCUUGUGGGUUUAGAGACUUUCACGAAGCUCAUUCUCUUUCUAUCAAACUCAUGUAAUCUGCUUCUGUUCAUCUUGCAAUAAACUUCAAAACAUUUUGAAAAUUCCAAUUUGUAUACGCCAUUCCAAACAUUUCAACAGGGUCAAAUUCUUUGUAUGAACUUGAAAUGAAAGGACCACAUGUGUUUGUGCAGUUGUUGGUAUCAUGUAUUUAAACUAAUCCAAGGAUCAGAUUGUUACCUCAUCCAUCUGAUUAGCUGUCUUAAUUUCUGAAAUUUUUGAAGUUUUUGUCUGAUUUCCAGUGAAAUGAGAUCCCAACAUGAUUUCACUCAUUUGAACUGCAAACAUUUAUUUACAUUAAAAAAAUAAAUUAUGACCACAUUACUGAAUGCUCACCACGAUGGUCAGAUACUGUAUGAAUAAGCUGUUAUUUUCACAAGCAUUAUAUUUUUGCAAAAUUUUGAACUGAUGUAGAGUUAUGAUGAAUUUAACAGACAGAGAAGAUUAAUGAGCUGGCAAAGGUACAAAUGGUGUAUUGUGAAUAGCCUUGGUUAACUACCAUGGAACAACAAAUCAUGAAAAUGUCUGUCAUUUGCAAAAAUAUUGCUUUAUACGGUAUAUUUCCAUUUUCAUAUAAUAGGUGAAAGAUUGAUUGAUUUGUUAACAAUUCUGGUCUAAUAAAAGGCAUAGUGCUAGAUACUUUGCACUAAAUAGUAACACAAAAAUUGGAGAUAAGUUCUGAAUAAUUUUAUUGCGGAAAAAUGAAAAAGGGUGUAGAGCACAAAUGAGUGGUUCCAAUUGAUGGGCAUCUAAGAACUAGGACUAUGUACAUUAUUAGUACAUGUAGUAUUUGCUCAUUUAUCCAUAUUCCUUUGUCUCUCUAUCUCCCCCUUUUGAUAUCUCUCUCCCUCUCUCUCCCCUCUCUUUCUUUCCCUCUCUCUCUCUGGCUCUUUCUUUCUCUCUCUCUAGCUCUUUUCAUCUUCUUUUUUUCUCUUCCUCUCUCUCUCUCUCUCUACUAGAAUGCCAAAUGAAACUGAAUAGCCACACAAUUCAUUAUUUUUCAAGCCACUGUAUCAUACACAUUGUGAAUUUAUAGUAGAAAAAAAAGUCAUCAGCUAUAUAUCAAUUUACAAAUCUUUUCGUAUUCUCUGUGACAUCUCUUAUGCUUUUGUAUUCUUUGAUUCUCAUAAGCGCUCUUGUACAGCAGAACACACUGUGCCAUACACACCAUUUCACAUAUGCAAUAUUUAUUCGGUGAUGUCUGAUUAAUGAAAUUUCAUGAAAUCAUUUUCAUAAUUAUUGACAUUAUAAUCCAGAGGUAUGUCAACAGAUAUAAUAAUGCAUCAUUAAUGUAUCACGUGACAAACGCAUGUAUGACUUAUUUUUGUAAUAUUUACGAACAUGUUUGGAGCGGAAUAAUUUCUAACAAUCAAGUGCACCACAAGAGAUUGUAUCUUUUAUCAUUGAUAAUAUUGUGAAGAGUUUUGUACAAUGAUCAGCAAGCUUGAUUGAGGUAAUACUGACAUAUCAUUCACCAGAAGCAGAUUGGAAAUACAUAUUUUUGAAUUGAUGGCCAUUUGCCUUGCAGAUAUGGUUCUAGUACAAAAUCAUGGUUCAUAGCAAAGAUGUAAUAUGUACUCUAAAUCAAUCACAUUAAUGGACUCAUCGAUCGGGAAUGAUGAGUGAGUGCUAUUCUGUGGAUUAAACUCAUGACUCGUGAUUGUGUCAAGCGCAAUCCUCGUGCACUGCGGAAUAUUAUUUUCUUUUUAUAUUGAUGUUGUAAAAACUACAAGGCACUCUUGAAAUGUGUAUGAUCAUGUUAAGAAAUUCCACAAGCCAUAUGAAUUGCCAACAUCACUUUCUUUGUAAAUGGAUCACUUCACGUAUGUAUGCGUAAGAAAUGUACAUUAUUCCAGUCUAGUAUGUGUCUAGUAUGUUGUGCAUACUAGUCAUUCCUUUGGUGUUUACAGGGAAGAGGUGUAGAUCUAUUGAUAUUUUGUAUAAAAAUUUACUAUCACUUUGUGAAUAUUGCACUUUUUCUCCAAAUUGUAUAGUGUAAAGUUAUUUAAAAGAUGCAACCUGAUUAUAAUCCUUAAAAAAUUGUAGAGUGAUUAUUUUAUUAGAGAGCUGGCUUAUUGCCAAAAAUGAAGAUAUCUAUCGGUUUGAAGAGGAACUAAAUAUGUGAACGAAGAAUGUGUGCUCGUCCUGCUUAGCAUUCACACAUACCCUACAAUGGCAUCAGAAAUAUAUUCUAUUCUAAUUUCUGAUUUGUAGCAAGAAUAUUCCACUAAGUUAUAUACGAAUACCAGCAAUCCUGACUUGUUUUGGCUUCAUGCCAUUUCUUGUAUUCUUAAUAUUUUCUUCUCUUCUUGUUUGAUUCCUUUAUGUCUUGAUGAUUUUGGAUAACUGAAAUUGCAAGCAUUCCAUGUAUGUCAGGUCCUAAUAUUGAAAUCCAUCAAUAUAGUCUUAUUUUUGUGUAUUCUUUGAUAAUAACCAAUAUGUCCAUUGCAGCAUAUGCUUUAAAACCAGAAAUGAAUUCUAUGUUGUUAUAAUACACUGAUAUUCGAUACAUCAUGAGUGAAUUUCGGCAUGGCCAUUCAGCUUAUUUCAUCAUUUUCCCAUUAUUAAAUCAACUUCUGUAAAAAUAACUUCAUAUCAGGAAAGAGAGUAUUUCAUGAGAAAUACAAUAUACCAUUUUGAUCUUGAAUUUAUCAAGUUAACCCACUUACAUUUUACCUGGAAACUGCUACAUUGUAAUGCAAAUUCCUAAAAAUACAUUCAAAGAUAAGCUGGCCAAAAAAUUAAUUAUGGAGAACAUCUAAUCUUUAUUGAAAUACCCUGUCAAAAUCUACAACUUCAAUUGAAUUGAUAUUCAAGAGAAAAAAGACUUUAUUCUACAAAUUCAGAUUUAGAUUCACAAUACCUUGAAUACAUUUUACCAACUCUCAUAACAAGCCCUUGAUUGUCUGUGUAUUCUCUUUGGUAUAAUUUAAUCUUAAUCUAACUAGAUAUUUAUUUGAUCUUAUACUUCAUCUCCUGAUUCCUGAAGUCCGGGUAACCAAGGAAACCAGGGAUCAGAGAGAUGAAGCUCUAUACUCUUCUCAUUUCUCCCAGGUAUUGUUUGUGUGUGCAUAACAUGUUUAUCAUCAGUACAAAACACUCCCAGGAUGUUGGAUAUUUGAGUUUGCCAUUGUAUGUAUUCUGUUUAUAUUUUUUGUGUGUAAAUUAUUACCUGUUUCUUAAUAACUUCUUGCUCAUACUUCCCUUUAUUGUUCUGGUAUCGUUAGCCUCAAUCAAGAUGUUUUAUUUUAUCUCCUAUAAAGUUCUCCCACACAGAAUGCCACCUGAGCAAUAAAAUCAGAUAGAUAAGAAAAAAAA